AUGGAGCCAUCACCUGAUGAAUUGAUAAGCCAGGGGAGAAGAGAAUUGGUGUGUGGGAACUUCAUGAAGGCGAUCGAAAGCCUUGAAAUUGCGUGCAACAUUCUAUCAUCUAAGUAUGGAGACUUGCACGAAUCUCUUGCCACUCCAAAUUUGCUGUAUGGUACUGCUCUCCUCGAAUUUGCACGAAUGGAAAGCAGUAUUAUUGGCAAUGCACUGGAUGGAAUACCUGAUGUCGAUGAUGACGCAGAAUCAGACGAUGAGGUCGUUGAACCUUCAGCUCUAACAGCUGAGGAGGAAGAUGAUCUAUCCAAUCAAGUAAUAGAUGCAAUGUUGGAAGAACAGAAGCAGGCGGACCAUCAGUCUAAUGAUUCCGAGACAAGUGACGAAAAUGAUGAACUUGAUGCGGCUGAUAAACCCACCGAAGGAAACUCACCAGUCAACACUGCCGCAGAUGUGGAGCUCCCAGGUGAGGGUGAUAAAUCGGAUGAACAGGAGAGCGACUCCAAGGAGACUGAAAAUGAAGUUUCGGAAACGCCUGAAUCUGAGAAUGAGGAAGAGCCAACAAACCUCCAGGUCGCUUGGGAAGUUAUUGAAGUCGCGAAAAUUAUAUUCUCGCAAAAGAACGAUGAUGCCAGCAAACUAGGUGUAGCUGAGUGUUUAGAGAAACUUGGUGAAAUCAGUCGGGAGAAAGAGGAAUAUGAUCAGGCAAUAGCAGACCUGAAGGAGUGCUUGGAAAUCCGAAUGGGCCUUCUGGGCAAGUCUAAUCGCUCUGUGGCUGAAAGCUACUAUCAACUAGCUGCAACCUACGCCGUUUCCGGAGACCUAGAAAAUGCAAGAAGCCAUUUUGAAGAAUCAGUUAAAUGCCUUAAGUUAGUAGCGGAAGACAUGAGAAACAAAAUAGCAUCGAUUAAAGAAGAUGCUAAGGAAGAAGAAAAUUUACUACAGACAACCCUCAAAGAAUUAGAGACUCUCAUACCAGAUAUCGAGAAACGCUGCGCUGAAAUCGAGGAAGAUCGAUUAGCUGGCAAUGUGAUUAAUUCUGUACCAACCGUCGAACCGUCUAACGGUGACGUUGAGCCGGCUGGCGACAUAUCACACCUGGUAAGAAAGAAACGCCCUAUUGCCGCCAGUGUGUCCGAAAAUUCGUCUGAGGUUGAAAGUAUUCAAACAAACGGGCACAGUGAUCCCAACUCAAAGAAAGCAAAACUUAUGGAUAGCAAUGGUGAAGAAGUUCCUGCCGAGUAA